AAUAGAUUAUAUACAAAUCAAUCUUGGUGUAAAGAUAUGUAUAAAAAGAUGGGUAAGCUCUUGAUGGUAAUUUACAUUUUGGGUUUGUUGAUGAUAGCAGCAACUUAUGGAGUUGCAGGGAACUUGUUGCAUGACGACAUUGAAAUGCUGUGGGAGCUUGAAAAUCUGGAGAUAGUAGAAGAUGAAGAGGUGGAAUUGUUUGACAUCCCAGCUUGGAUCAGUGGACGUGGUAAUAAGGUUCUUGUAAAUGUUGAUAGUUUUGGCGCAGUAGGAGACGGAGUUUCUGAUGACACCCAGGCCUUUGAAAAAGCAUGGAAAACAGCAUGUAGCAUAUCGAAAUCAGUGUUCUUAGUUCCUCCAGGACGUCGUUACUUAGUUAACGCAACACGUUUUAAGGGUCCAUGCGAAGACAGGCUAGUCGUUCAAAUUGAUGGAACAAUCGUAGCACCAGAUGAACCUGAAAACUGGGAUCCAAAGUUCUCAAGGAACUGGCUUGAUUUUUCUAAUCUGCAACGGGUCAUCUUCCAAGGAAAUGGAGUUAUUGAUGGUUCUGGGAGUAAAUGGUGGGCAGAUUCUUGCAAAACAAACAAAUCUAAUCCUUGCAGAGGAGCACCCACGGCGUUAACAAUAGACUCAAGCUCAGCUAUAAAAGUAAAAGGGCUGACCAUCCAAAACAGCCAGCAAAUGCAUUUUGUGAUUUCUCGGUCCGCAGCUGUGCGAGUGUCCGGAGUAAAAGUCUCAGCUCCAGGCAACAGUCCCAAUACGGAUGGAAUUCAUAUCACUGCUUCCACUGGAAUAACUCUUCAGGACUGCAAAAUUGGAACAGGGGACGAUUGCAUUUCGAUUGUAAAUGGUAGCUCUGCUAUUAAGAUGAAGAGAAUUUAUUGCGGGCCAGGACAUGGUGUUAGCAUUGGUAGUCUUGGGAAGGAUAACUCCACCGGCAUAGUCACAAAAGUGGUUUUGGACACAGCAUUUCUCCGAGAGACUACUAAUGGUCUCAGGAUCAAGACUUGGCAGGGUGGUUCUGGUUAUGUUCGUGGAGUAAGAUUUGAAAAUGUGAGGAUGGAUGAUGUUGCCAAUCCAAUCAUCAUUGAUCAGUUCUAUUGUGAUUCACCAAAAUCUUGUGAAAAUCGGACAUCAGCAGUGGAAAUAAGCCAGAUAAUGUAUCGGAAUAUUAGUGGGACUACGAGUAGUUCAAAAGCAAUGAAAUUUGCGUGCAGUGACACUGUUCCUUGCAGUAAUAUAGUCCUUACAAAUAUCAACUUAGAGAGGAAAGAUGGUACAGUUGAGACCUACUGUAAUUCUGCUCAAGGUUUUGGAUAUGGCGUCGUCCGUCCUACAGCAGACUGCUUAAAUUCUCAUGAUAACAAAGACAAAACAUAUUAUUCUGUAACUCAACAAUUUGAAAAUGAUUAUCAGCUCAUAAAACCAGUGGAAGAGGACACUCUUUUAUCCAGCAGCAAAGAUGAAAUUAUUCACACUGAGCUCUGACCUGGCUUCUUACAUAUACAUAAAUAAGUCUGAUAUAGUUUACUGUACUGGCUAAACUGGAUUGUAGAGUUACUAGUUGAGAGGGAUGGAGUGAGGUUACCAUGUCAAAUUUUAUGGGGAGACUAGGAAUGUUAUAUAGAUAUAGAUAUAGAUACAUACAAAUUACACAAAGUUCAUUAAUUGAACACAAGCAUAUGAUUGAUAUUGAGAAAAAAGUUGCUAUAACUUUAAUGAGA